UUAGGCCAUUGCCCGCACAGACACUCACUACGAAUUGAGAGGACCACCACUCAUUGUCCCUCACACAUCACAAUUAUAUCAUCUCACAGGCCUCUCUUCUCCUUUUUGGCCUCUCUUUCCUCCUCUCUGAAACCCAUUCAAACACCCUAACGAUCAUUUCAAAAGCAGUACCCAGCUAAGAGAGUUGGUUGAGUUGUUUUGGGAAGAAUGGAAAUGAAAGUUCCUCAUCAGCUCUACAGUCUGUAUUCAGCCUCCAACUUGAUCAAGAGGGAAGAGCAUAGCCGGAAAAGUCUGAAAAAGCCAGAAGAAAAGCAGCAUGAUGACUCCAAACCUUUCAACUCCCGGAAUCUGUCAAAGGUCAUUCUCCCUCCCUUAGGUGUCUCAAGUUAUAACCAAAAUCCGUUAGCGCCCAAAGGAUGGAUCAUCUCACCAAUGGAUUCAAGAUACAGGUGUUGGGAGACAUUUAUGGUGGUUUUAGUAGCCUACUCUCUAUGGAUUUACCCUUUUCAAGUUGCAUUUCUGAAAGCCUCUCCAAAUAGACAACUAUAUAUCACGGAUAAUGUCGUUGAUCUAUUUUUCGCUGUUGACAUCGUCCUAACAUUUUUCGUUGCUUACAUUGAUCGAAGAACUCAGCUACUUGUUUGUGACUGGAGAAAGAUUGCAGUGAGGUACCUGUCAACAUGGUUUCUGAUGGAUAUGGCAUCAACUAUGCCUUUUGAGGCACUGGGCUCCUUGAUCACUGAAACAAAAGUGGGUCUCUCCUACUCCCUCUUGGGUCUGCUCAGAUUCUGGCGUCUCCGCCGUGUCAAGCAACUCUUCACCAGGCUUGAGAAGGACAUCAGAUUCAGCUAUUUCUGGGUUCGAUGUGCUAGGCUAUUAUCAGUGACAUUGUUUCUGGUGCACUGUGCUGGGUGCCUAUACUACUUGCUAGCUGAUCGAUACCCGCAUCAAGGAAAGACGUGGAUUGGAGCCGUUAUACCGAAUUUUAGAGAGACAAGCCUUUGGAUCAGAUAUAUUUCAGCCCUGUAUUGGUCCAUCACCACCAUGACCACUGUUGGCUAUGGUGACAUGCAUGCUGUGAACACUAUGGAGAUGAUCUUCAUCAUUUUCUACAUGCUAUUCAACCUUGGCUUAACUGCUUACUUGAUCGGUAACAUGACAAACUUAGUUGUUGAAGGCACUAGACGUACUAUGGAAUUUAGAAAUAGCAUAGAAGCAGCAUCAAACUUUGUAUGCAGAAACCGGUUGCCUCCAAGAUUGAAAGAGCAGAUACUGGCUUAUAUGUGUUUGAGAUUUAAGGCUGAGAGCUUGAAUCAGCACCAACUAAUUGAACAGCUGCCCAAAUCCAUAUGCAAAAGCAUCUGCCAGCAUUUAUUCUUGCCAACUGUGGAGAAGGUCUAUCUUUUCAAGGGAAUCUCAAGAGAAAUACUCUUGCUCCUGGUUGCAAAGAUGAAGGCUGAGUACAUACCUCCUAGAGAAGAUGUUAUAAUGCAGAAUGAGGCGCCAGAUGACGUUUACAUAAUUGUAUCUGGAGAAGUUGAAAUUAUUGAUUAUGAGGGAGAGAAAGAGCAUGUUGUUGGGACUCUACAGUCUGCAGACAUGUUUGGAGAAGUUGGGGCACUUUGCUGCAGACCUCAAAGCUAUACGUUCCGAACCAAGACCCUUUCACAACUCCUGAGGCUGAAGACCAGUGCACUGAUAGAAGCAAUGCAGACUAAGAAGGAAGACAAUGUGAUUAUCCUUAAAAACUUUCUUCAGCAUCACAAAAGGCUUAAGGAUCUAAACAUUGGAGAUUUGCUGGUGGAGAAUGGGGAAGAAGAUGUUGACCCCAACAUGGCUUUCAAUUUACUGACUGUUGCCAGCACUGGCAACGCAGCCUUUCUUGAUGAGCUUCUCAAGGCAAAAUUGGACCCUGAUAUUGGGGACUCCAAAGGAAGAACCCCAUUGCACAUAGCAGCAUCAAAAGGGCAUGAAGAUUGUGUAAUGGUACUUCUCAAACAUGCGUGCAAUGUACAUGUCCGAGAUAUAAAUGGCAACACUGCAUUAUGGGAUGCUGUAUCUGCAAAACACAAUUCUAUAUUCUGGAUCCUAUAUCACUGUGCUUCCCUUUCAGAUCCCUACACUUCUGGUGAUCUUUUGUGCACUGCUGCAAAGAGAAAUGACCUAACAGCGAUGAAGGAGCUCCUGAAACAAGGUUUAAACAUAGACUCGAAGAAUCGCCAAGGGUUAACAGCAAUCCAGAUUGCCAUGGCAGAAGACCACACAGAUAUGGUAAAGCUACUUGUAAUGAAUGGCGCAGAUGUUAUCCAUGCCGAUACCUAUGAAUUCUCUUCAGAAACUCUGAAUGAAAUGCUGCAAAGCCGAGAGAUGGGACACCGAAUUAUGGUGCCUGAUACCUUGCCUACUGAUCAUGAAACGUUGUUGAGGGACCAAGGAGGAGAAAAGGAGUUUAAUACUAAUGGAGGAUUCAAAGGAACAAAUGUUCCAAGGGUGAGCAUAUAUAGAGGCCAUCCUCUGCAGAGAAAAGAGAGCUGCUGCACUGAAGCUGGCCGGCUGAUUAGGUUGCCAAACUCAUUAAUGGAGCUCAAGGUCAUUGCAGGUGAGAAGCUUGGAUUUGAUGCAAGAAAUGCAAUGGUAACGAACGAAGAAGGAGCAGAAAUCGACUCCAUUGAAGUUAUUAGAGACAAUGAUAAGCUUUUCCUAGUUGAAGAUCCAAACUCCCUGAUGUAAAUCAUAACCUUCUAUCUAUUUGGGAUAAAAAAAUGACUCUCAAUCUUGUCCCUCCUUUUUCUAUUCCAAUGCUGCAUGGGUUUUUUUUAUUUUCUCUAACAGAGGAAAAGUGUGGAUUUGAUUCAAAAAAAUACAAUGGUAACAGGUAACAGGUAAUGAAAGGUUGGAAAUUGAAUCCA